AUGUUUGAGAAGACUGUGAAAUACAUUAGGGAGAAUCUCCAGCUGCCAGCUGAGAGUCUCAAUGGCACCUACUGUUCUCGGCUGCACAAAGACCAGGUGUACUACAUGAGUGAGAAGAUUCUGAAGCUGGCACCAAUAUCUGAUUUCCCUGGGACCUGCUUCAGAAAAUUCACCAAGACCUAUGUGUUUCAGGUGCACAUCACAGCUCUGGAUUACCCUGCACCCUAUGCCAAGUAUAAAGUGUGGAUAAAACCUGGAGCAGAGCAGUCCUUCCUAUAUGGGGACGAUAUGUUGAAAUCUGGUCUGAGUCAAAUCACGAAAAAUACUUCUCCUGGCCAGGAAGUCGUGGUGGCAGACAUCCCUUUGGGUUUUGGGGUGGCAGCCACAUCUAUGCAAGACUGCAGAAAAGGAGACCCCACCGAUUUGUGGUAUUUCAUCAAGCAAACGCUGGUGAAUAUGUGUGGCACGAAGAGAUGGUGA